GUAGCAACGCUUGAGUCACAGUCGCCAGGCUCUCGCGCCCUUUCCCUGAUACUGCUGUGGCCCAGUCGGUCCUGUGAGGCUCCAGGGCUGUCACGUGCCAGGCCGCAAGGGCUCAUGGAGGAAAAGGAGAAAAGGCAGCAACAGCAUAAAAUAGAAGAUGCUGAUGUAAUAUAUGUAACUGAAAAAAGGGAAGAAACAAAAGAUGAAAAAAAUCCUGGAAAUGGCAUACAACACUCAAAACCAUGUGUGAGGAAAGGACGUGUAAAUUAUGCUAAAUUCAUUUAUACAAAUGCAAGAAUAUAUAAUGAGCCAGUUCCUUACAUGGAUCCUAAAAAGGAACCAGAAGAGCAGUGUGACUGGUGGUCACAUGAUGAAGCACUAGAACGUGGCUUCCAACCACUUUAUGAUACUCAGAGCACCCAGAGAAGUGACUUCCAAAAACCAACAUGUCCAUUGGUUUUGCCAGUCAAACAUAGCAGAUUGCAGAAGCCUUCCUGUGGAAUAGUUCCGCUUGCCUGUCCGGAUGCAUCAGCAGAACUUCAAAAUAACUUUAUAGAAUACAUCUCUUUCAUACAUCAGUAUGAUGCCAGGAAUUCCCCCAAUGAGCCCAUCCGGGGAAAGAGACAUGGAGCUUUUGUGCAGAGAGAGAUAAAACCAGGGAGUAGGCCAGCAGUUCCUAUGGGAACAGAGGUAUUAUUGAAUGCUUCGGGGUCAUGUUCAUCAGAACAGUCCAAAAAAACAGAGAAAGGAAAUUCAGCGGGAAGCAGAAUGAUCUCACCAGGUCUCUGCCAACAAAAUUCCCAAGAGCUGUUAGAGACUUAAAACUCACUUAUCAGAAACAGACGGCAGAUGGACAGCCAAGUCACACCCCAGAAGCCCCAGAGGAGGAAGAAGACUGCAGGCAUCUUUCAAACAACGGCAGGACGUGCUGCUCUCACCAGGCACAAGCCUUUACAUUCACCAAUAAAGAGUCCAGAUAAGUUAUCAUCUUCAGACAGAAACACUAUCCCUGGAUGCAGAGAAAUUUCGUAAUCUGUAUUCAGCAGCUGGCACUUAUUUUUGUUAUUAAAAAGCUCAAAAUAUAUAGUUUACAUAUAGGAAAAAAGGGGGGACCCAGGUUUUAAUAGAGAUAUCUGAUAAGAUAGACUAUGAAACAUUAUUUCAUAUCAUUUAUAAAUAAAACAACUUGGUUUCUAUAUGAUUACAAACUUUUAAAGGAGAAGCCUUAUCCGUCAUUAGUUAGAGUUCCGAAGUCAAAACAAAUUGGGUUUAGGAUGUUGGCUCCACAUCAUCUGAGCUGUUUGACUGGUGGUAAGUUACUGAACCCCUACAGACUUCAGUUUUCUCAUCUGUAACAUUAGGAAAACAGAAAUUUUAUAAGAUUAUUCAUCAUGAAAUUAUGUAUAUAAUGGUUAGUAAGUUAAUGUAAUCAUCACUAUUACUAAAAUUUAAAUUUAAGGAUUAUGUAAGUUUGUAUGUUGUAAGUUUUCCUCCUUAUUUUAAAACUUACAACUCCUCUGUAUGCAAUUAAGAGGGCAAAAAUCUAAAAAACAUUUGUUAGUUCAUGACACAUAUACACACUUAACUCAAAGGUGAUGAAUAAUUAGGAUAUCAAAAAUAUUUUCCAAACUCUUUCCUAUUUUAUUGAUUUCUACUGCCAACUCAAACUACUAUUUGGUCAGUUUGGUAAACAUUACUCCUACCAGUGAGUUCUCCUGAUAUGUCUGAUAUGCUGUGAUGUGUCCGUUACGAGAUACGUUACAUUGCGGGCAAGUGGAAUACUUUUCUACUAUAAAGAACGCAAACUUCCGCAGCAAUAUAUCAGUUUCUUACUAUUUUCUGUGAUACUGAUAAGGCUGCAGGAUACCUUUAUUAUUUUAUCCUCCCUCUACUUAAGAAUUCUAACAUACUACAAGAGAAUAAGUGCCAUUAAUGUAAUUUAUGUGUAUGCCAGAGACUUCUGGUUCUUACGACAUGGCAAAAUAAAGCUAAUGGCGAACCUCUUCUAUUUGAAAUCCUUUAAAAUGAUAAAUAAAAUAACUGAGCAACAAAAUGUAUACCCAAGCUCAAACAAUAAAACUUUCAUGUUCCAAAACAAUUCAGUGGUAGAGCACUUGUCUAGCCUAUGCAAGGCUGUGGGUUCAAUAUCCAGUACUGCAGAAAGCAGGAUGGAGGGGCCUUGCUGGUAUCAAUGUAUCUAUCCAUUACCUACCUUUCAUCUGUCUGUCUGUUUCGUAGAGCUCCUUCCUAAUUAAUACAUGCAGACUAUCUUUUUAUGUUAUAGCAUUACAAACUUCUGUGGUAUAGAAGAACCUUGCUAUAUAGCUGGCACAAACAGAAUGCAAGUUUUGAUGUGGGGGGAAAGAAAAGGGAAAUAUUGACAGCAAAUUUAUAAAAAGGAUAGAGGUUUGAAUUUUAGUGCACAUCUGAAAAGAAAUGAAACUAUGAUCUCCAAAGUAGAGACAGAGAAAGAAUUGCAGCCUGCAUGAUGCUAAAAAUGACUGGCCUGUCAAUAAAAAGUACACUACAUUCCACUUUCAACCAGGAAAGCUGCAAGAAAUCUUGUCUCUGUCUGGAGGUAUAGAUAGUGAAUAAACUCUUUGUGAGAAAUUAAAACCCUGAUCUCUGGGGGGGUAUCAGGAAUCAGACUCAGGACCUUGCACUUGCUAGGCAGGUACUUGUGCCACUAAGCUAUAUUCCUGGCCCUAAAACUCUAAUCUUGUGCCACAUUCUGGUUUGGAAUAUAAUUUUAUAUGUAGGACUCCUCCUAGGAUACACAAUUAGCAUAAAAAUCCUACUGGUGAUACCUCUGAGGUGUCUGAUAAAAACAAGUACAAAGCUCCCUAGAGACGUAGUUCCAUGAUUCACAGGAAAAACAAUCUCUACUAAAGAGAAGGUUACAAAUCACAUAAAGAAGAAAAACUGCGUAAGAGUCUGCAAUAAAAGAAUGGUUAAAGCCUCAAAACUAGAAAUAAUAAAAUUAAAAUGCUCUUGAUUUAUAAAGAUCCUUCUCCCCCCACCCCCUUUUUUAUGCGUUUGCAGGCGGUCUGGAACUUACACGAGCCUCCCGCAUGCUAAGCACAUGCUCUGCCCCUGGACUCGGUCCCCAAAGCUUGCUUUCUUUCUUUCAUUGCAGGAAAUUUUGUGUUGCCUUUCCUGUUAUUUCUCCUCUAUUUCCUCUUUUCUUUUGCAACAGCUAUCGUCUGCGUGUUAGAACACUUGAGUCCAUCUUUGAAGUCUCUUAAUUUUCAUUGCCUUUCUAUGGCACUUUGCACUAAAUGAAGCAAGAAUUCCCUUGAUACUGGCUUUCUGCUAAUUUGCUUUCAGCCAUGUCUAUUCUUAUGCCAGACUAGCUAUUAAAAUUUAAAGAGACCAUCUACUGAACCUUGAGUACUUUUAAGAUAUACAUGCACUUCCUCAAUGUCAAGGACUUCUCCUAUAUUACGGGUAUGAUAGCCUGUCUUAUUCUACUUUGCAUAUUGUAGUGACAUUGAAUGCCUUUUGGUUGUUCCCUUAAUUCUGUUAAUCUUUGGUGAAAGUGAUGCCUCAUGCUCUUGAUAUGACACUUUUUCUCAAAUACUUGGUGGUUCUUGGUUGUAUAUUCUUCUUUGAUUAUAAGAUUUCUAGAUGAUUAUCAGUAUCAUUAUCAGUAUUACAGAUGGGAUCUGAGGACAGUUUGACUGACGGGCUCUUUGAUCCUCCUGCGCAGAAGCUGCCUUGCCUCUUCCUCUCUGUGGUAUGACUCAGUUUCUGGCAUUGGCUGCCCAUUUUUUAGCACAAGCAGGAGAAAAAGGAGAGAUGGCUUAUUUCUAACUGGAAAUUUGUUGGACCAGAAUAAAGACAGUAUUUCUCAGCUUCCCUUACAGCUAGGUUAACCAUUUGACUAUUCUGAGAUAUAACCAAAACAGUACGUAUUACUUCCAAAAUAUCUUUGAAGGGAAAAGAUAGGCUCCUCUCUGUAUUUUUUCCCUUCCUAGUAGUUGGAAUGUAGAUGUGACGGUUCUUGCUGAGAAGAAGUAAUAAUAAAAUGAAAGGGUCUUCGGGCCUCUGACAUCAUCAGAUACCACGUGGUGACUUAAUUUGUGUGAGAAAAAAAUAAAGUUCCAUCUCAAAUAAACCACUAUGAUUUGGGGGAGUGUUCAUCACUUGCAGCAGCAGAAUAUAGCCUUAGGCUACACAAUGACUGAGAAUUUUCUAGAAUUAAAAAUGUGAGUGUUCAAUUUGAAGGAAAAAAUGAAUUUUGAACACAUAAUAGGAAAACUACAGAAUGUCACAUUAAAAAGAAAAACCUUAUCAGAGAUAAGUACAUUCUUACUAAAUCAUAAAGUUAGUGGACUUUUCAUCCACUGAAACAGAUGCAAGAAUUAUCUUAGAGUUGUAUAAAAAAAGAUGAAGGCAAUAAUGGUCAACUCAGAAUUUCAUACUGAGGUAAAUUAUAAAUAAGGGUAGCCAGGCAUGGUGGUAUACUCCUGUAAUCCCAGCAUUUGGGAGGCUGAGACAGGAGAAUCAUUUGCAAGUUUGAGACCAGUCUGGGCUACAAAGAGAGCCAAAGUCCAUCCUGAACUGCAUAGCAAGACCCUGUCUCUGAAAGACAAAAAAAUAAGGGUAAAACAUAGGCAUUUUCAGAUAUACACAGGAUAAUAAUCCAAGCACUUACAUAACAGAAUUGUAUAAGGCAUAUUAUUCUAAAUGUUUUUUAUAUUUUAGCUCAUCAUCCAGAGAAUAUUCCUCAGAUAUAGAUGCUUUUUUAUGAAACAGUAUUAAUACUAUUACUAAUACAACUGUAGUAAUAAUACUAUUAUUAUGAAACUAAUAUACAGAGAGACUAAGAACUUGCCCAGGGUCACACGUAACCAAAUUGGGAUUCAAGCCCAGGUAUUACACUCCAGACUCAUCCCUUAUCGAUACCUUACGCUCUCUCAGACUAGUGGGAUUACCUACCCACAGAUUUUCACCAAGGUAACUUCCAAAACAUGUCAUUUAAGAUUGAUAUUAAAUCUGGACAAAAAAUGUAGGUUGUAAGAAAAAAGCAAGACAAAUCCAUAAUUUAUGCUGCUUGACCUAUGUAUUAAUAGAAAUACUCUCAUGAAAUGAUCCAAGUAAUAGUUGCUGGAGAUUAUUUUUCUUGUAUUUCUUUAUUUGGCAAAAGAAAAUAUUUGACAACUCUCAUUUCCUUCAAAAAUCUGGAAAUUUUCCUGGUCUGUGAAAUCCCAGUCUGGAAAUUAUUUAUCCUAGUGAUUGUGCAACAAAGGUUUUUUUUGUUUUUUUUUUUUUUUCUUUAAUGGAAAAAAAACCCCCAGAUUUUCAAGAUUUAUUGCAAGUGUGUCUUUGAUAGUAGAAUGGAGGCAUUUGUGUUCACAGUGUAAAGAGGACAGGCUGUAUGAAGCCCUUAAAAUCAUUGUGUUGGGGCAUGGCACCCAUCAGGGAGAUGCUAUGUAAGAGACAAUGUAAGAAAAAAUAAAAGGAGAAAAAGACACCCUCCCACUAUAAAAGUUCAUUGCCAAUUUAUUAAGACUGAUGAAGAGAAUGUUUUAGCUGAUAAAAUAUAUCAAGAUGAUAUUUCAUCCACAAAGAUAGAGUGCAGUGCUGUAAUGUCAGUGUGGCUCUGCCAGUGUCAACAUGAACUUUGCAAGAGAGAGAUCAUUUAACUUUUUACCUACUUAUAAUACUUUAUUAUACAAAUUGUUCUAAUUGCUCCUUUAAUUAUCUUUUAAAUACUGUAAAGUGAAAAACCUAAUAGUUGCACUCCUCAGGUCAGUACCUGGGACUCCACAGAUAAAAUCCAGAUGCUCAAAUAUCUUAUCUAAAAUGGAAUUGUAUUUGUAUAUCACCUUUGCAUGCCCUCUUGUAUACUUAAAUCACUCUCGAUUACUAAUACUACUUAAUUCAAGGUAAAUGCUAUAUAUACAUUGUUGCUAUAUUAUAGAGGAAAUCAUGAUAUGAAAAUAAAGUUUGUCCAUGUUCAGUAGA